AUGGGGCGGGACUAGCGGCAGCUUCCGUCUUGCGCAGUGUCGAGGUUGCGGCACGUGUGUCGCCCCCUUCGGAUUCCUGGGUUACCCUUUCCCCUCGUGAACUUGUCGCGCAGAGACUCCUUUCCCAUUUGAAGGAUGAAGGCGAGAAGAAACAAAAAACAGGUCCCAAGCUUUCGGAAGUUGAUAAAAACUAGUAAAGUCAAACUUGAAAACAAGCUAAAAAAUAAGCAAUUUAAACAACAAAGCACUAUCAAGAAGUACCGAAAAGAACAGAGGAAACUAAGGCAAGCUGUAAAAGAUGCUGUAUCUAAGAAACCCAUUUCACUGGAGGAUCCAAAGGAAAAACAACCAGGUAAAAGGAUUGAGAGGAAAGAAGAGGAAGAAGAAGAAGAAGCCCUUCCUUUAGAUAUGUUGGAUGAAGAUGACUUACAGUUAAUGAAGGAUUUAGGCCAAAGAGCAUCUUUUCUAACCAGAGAUCUUUCUUCUAGUGAGCCUGUCCAUGCCAAGAAACGAAAGCAUGAGCAUGUUAUAGAUAAAUAUGAAAAAAUACCAAGAACUCUGCAGUAUGCACCAGAGAAGGAAUUGAUUCACUUGCUUCCUAUCAAAGACAAAAGUGGCAUAAUCCCACAGACGAGGGAGAAGCCAGUUAUUGACUCUAAUCAAGAUGAAGAGGAUCAAGAAGAGCCGGAACUUGAGCAAGAGAUCGUUGAAGAUCCCAUUCGAGAGCUGACCAUAGAAGAACAUUUACUUGAGAGAAAGAAGAAACUUCAGGAGAAGAAAUUGCAUAUUUCAGCCUUGGCAUCUACCAUAUUAUCAGAUCCAGAAAGCAAUAUUAAAAAAUUGAAAGAAUUACGUUCCAUGCUGAUGGAACAGGAUCCUGAUGUGGCUGUUACUGUUCGAAAGCUGGUGACAGUUUCUCUGAUGGAGUUGUUUAAAGACAUUACUCCUUCAUAUAAAAUCCGGCCUCUAACAGAGGCAGAAAAGUCUACCAAGAUCCGUAAAGAAACCCAAAAGUUAAGAGAAUUUGAAGAAGGCCUGGUUAGCCAGUAUAAAUUUUAUUUGGAAAAUCUGGAGCAAAUGGUUAAAGACUGGAAGCAAAGGAAGCUGAAGAAAAGUAAUGUAGUUUCGUUAAAGGCAUAUAAAGGACUGGCAGAAGUGGCUGUGAAGAGCCUGUGUGAGCUGUUGGUGGCACUACCUCAUUUCAAUUUCCACAACAACAUCAUUGUAUUGAUUGUCCCUCUCAUGAAUGAUGUGUCAAAAUCGAUAUCUGAAAUGUGUUGUGAGGCGGUAAAGAAACUCUUUAAACAAGAUAAAUUAGGCCAAGCUUCUCUUGGUGUAAUUAAAGUGAUUUCUGGUUUUGUGAAGGGCAGAAAUUAUGACGUUAGGCCAGAGAUAUUGAAAACAUUCUUGUGCUUAAGAAUCAAAGAAGUAGAAGUGAAAAAAGAUACAGAAGACAUUAAUAAACCAAAAAAGUUCAUGACGUUCAAGGAAAAGAGAAAAAAUCUAUCAAGAAUGCAGAGAAAGUGGAAGAAAGCAGAAGAGAAGCUGGAGCGAGAGCUUCGAGAGGCAGAAGCUUCAGAGAGUUCUGAGAAAAAACUUAAACUGCACACGGAGACUUUGAAUAUUGUGUUUGUGACCUACUUCAGAAUAUUGAAGAAGGCCCAGAAGUCACCUCUCCUGCCAGUGGUUCUAGAAGGUCUUGCCAAGUUUGCUCACCUUAUAAAUGUGGAAUUUUUUGAUGAUUUAUUAGUGGUUCUACAUAGUCUCAUUGAGUCUGGUGACCUAAGCUAUCAAGAAAGUCUUCAUUGUGUCCAGACUGCUUUUCAUAUUCUUUCCGGUCAAGGUGAUGUUCUGAAUAUUGAUCCAAUGAAAUUCUAUACACAUCUUUACAAAACACUGUUCAAGUUACAUGCAGGUGCUACCAGUGAAGGGGUUGCGAUUGUACUCCAGUGCCUUGACAUCAUGCUAACUAAGCGCAGAAAGCAGGUUUCUCAGCAGCGAGCCCUUGCCUUCAUCAAGCGCCUCUGCACCCUUGCUCUUCACGUUCUUCCAAAUGCAAGCAUUGGCAUUCUGGCAACUAACAGAAUAUUAAUGCAUACUUUCCCCAAAACAGAUCUGUUGCUUGACAGUGAAUCUCAGGGAAGUGGGGUUUUCCUCCCUGAACUCGAUGAACCCGAGUACUGCAAUGCUCAGAACACCGCUCUUUGGGAACUGCAUGUGCUACGGAGACAUUUCCAUCCUACAGUGCAGAGGUUUGCAGCUCACCUCAUCGCGGGGGCCCCUUUGGAUGGCUCUGAUGCACUCAAGCCAGAGUUGAGCCGAAGAUCUGCUGCAGAACUUUUUGAGACUUAUAGCAUGGCAGCAAUGACAUUCAAUCCUCCUGUGGAAACUUCAAGCUCCAAAAUGAAGGAUAAAGUUUUACAGGGGGAUUCAUUUUUGAAUGAAGAUUUAAAUCAGCUAAUCAAAAGACAUUGCAAUACAGUUGCUACUCAGUGGCCUCUGGAUUUCACCAGCUGUUUGGAAACAUCAUUAAGGGAAACUUCCUAAGAAAAUGAACAGAGGAGUUACCCAUUGGUGGCAUAGGAUUCUACCCAAAUUCUGAAAAUGCUCUUUCAUUAGGAAAGGAGAGUCAAAGCCCUUUCCUCCCCUAGUAUUUGGGAAUUUUUUUCUUAAUGAUGUUGCCUUUUUAAAAUUUAAUAUACGUAUUAAACUGCAGUUUUAAAAAAGUCUUUAGACUGAGCUUAUUAAAAUGCAGUUGCUAGAUUAAAAUAAGGGCAUAGAGCACAGAAAAAUCAAGACCAUGAGAUUGCUUUUUAAAGUGCAGCUACUCUUUAUAACCAAAUAUUCUUUAUAACCAAAUAAGUCUUUUUUUUUUUAUUGUACCACCAUAGUUGGAAGAGAGAAAAAUUCUAAAUUCGAGUGAGCAUAUUUUUAUAAAGAUUUUUGAGAAAAGAAAAAAUAUCUUGAAAUUGGGUGCCAGGUUCCUUGGCUCUUGCUAGAUGGUACACUUCAAGAAGUAACCUAAUUUGGCCUUAAAAAGUGUUCUUUAUGGCUACUUUCAAAGAAAGUCUGAAUGUGAUUCUAAUUUCUUCAAAGUCCUUCACAUUUUCUGACAUGCUCUAGAGGGUGAUGGGGAAGAAUUGCUCCGGAAUGGAAAAAUCAAGCACCAGAUUUUACUGUUCUAAGGAUAAAGGGUACCCGGUGAAGGGCUUUUUUCUUCUUAUUUUUUUUAGACAGGGUAAAAUGCCUUAUUCUUAUGAAUAUUACAAAGCAGUAUUUUAUGUAACAGCUAUUGCCAUAUUCUUAGAAUGGCCUACAAAAUAAGUGUUUAACGACCAGGAUAUAAAAAUUCCUGUGAACAGUUGAAUAAAACACAGCUGCUUUUUUUUUCUGCUUCCUAUUCUUGUGAGGGAUUUUUAAAAAGGCACAGCAGUCUCAACUAAAUAAUUUGUUAUUGCUUUAGAGCUAUAGAAGCUAGUGAUUUUGGUCUAGAGCUUAAAGCUUUUUUUCCCUCAUGACGUAAAUGAAAGUAAAGUCCCUUUAUCAUUCCAGCAGAGUGGGGGCUAACACUGCAUGUUAAUCUCUUAGCAUAUUCUUUUGUGAUUUUUAAAAGUGUUUCUAAGAUCAGUUUUUUAAGCUUGAUUAUUUAAUGAUGAGAAAUGUAUGAUUCGAGAUGUAAAUAUUUGCUUUUAACCUAUCUUUUAGAUAUAAAACAAAAUCCAGGAAUGUUAUGAAUAGUUUGGAGAACCAAAGUGUCUUUCCCCAUUAGAGCCCAAGUGACCAAUACAUGUCACAGAUCAUUUAUUUUUCAAACAUAUACAUUUAUAUUCCAUUUUGGCAGCAGAAACUGUAGUUUAAGUGAAAAAUCAACUAUUUCACAUUUCAGUUAUGCUUUUAACCUUGUUACACAUACAGAAAAUUAUAGAUCAUAAAAUUAUACAUCUAUUAUUUGAAUAUUGUAUAUGAAUUUGAGAAUAAAAUAUAUUCAUGCACUAACUUA